AUGUCUAAGGUCGUUCGAAGCGUCAAGAACGUCACCAAGGGGUACUCCGCCGUGGAGGUCAAGGUCCGCAAUGCGACCAGCAACGAUCCAUGGGGCCCUGUAGGUUCCGAUAUGGCCGAAAUCGCCCAAAUCACCUUCAACAACUCUACCGAUUUUUACCAGGUCAUGGACAUGCUGGACAAGCGCCUGAAUGACAAGGGAAGGAAUUGGCGUCACGUUCUCAAAUCCUUAAAGGUGCUGGACUACUGCCUGCACGAGGGUUCAGAAUUGGUCGUGACCUGGGCCCGGAAAAACAUCUACAUCAUCAAGACGCUCCGCGAGUUCCAGCAUAUUGACGAGGAUGGCCGUGACGUUGGGCAGAAUGUGCGUAUCUCCGCGAAGGAGCUUACUUCGUUGAUCCUUGACGAGGAGCGAUUGCGCGCCGAGCGAGCGGACCGGAAGUCCUGGAAGUCGCGAGUCACCGGCAUCGAAGAGUACGGCGGUGGCCAGGCUGGCGGCAGCCAUGCUGGCGGUAGUGGCGGAGAACACUCAAGUAGGCGCCAACGUGAGCAUCGCGGUAACAAGAGGAACGAAGAGGAGGACCUUGAGUUCCGACUCGCCCUCGAAGCAAGCAAGAACGAGGCCGAAGAGGACCGCAAACGCCGUGAGCGCAACUCUGGGGUUGGAGCCGCGGGCGGAGACGAUGAUGAUGAUCUUGCAAAAGCAAUCAAGUUGAGCAAAGAGGAAGAAGAACUCAGGCGCAAAGAGCUGGAACAGAGCAAUGCAGACCUUCUGUUCGGCGACGCCCCUGCCCAGUCAGCCGCAUACCAACCGACCGGCAAUAACCAGGGCUACCAGCAGCAAGGCGCGGUGGACUGGUUUGGAAAUCUAGUCGAUCAGCAGCAACCGCAGAGUACAGGAUUCCUAAACAAUGCGUACUCCCAGCCAACAGGAAUGCAGACACAGCAGACAGGGUUCCAGAACGGCUAUGGUGGAUACAAUGGUUUCCCACAGCAGCAGCAACAGCAACAGCCACAAGCAACCGGUUUUGACCAAUUCGGCGGGCAACAAGCAUCAUACCUGCAGCCACAGCAGACGUCUUUCAAUGUCAACAACCCUUACGGCCAACAGAUGGGCGGAUUUGAUAACCUAGGCCAGCAGCAGCAGCAACAGCAGCCCCUGCAAGCGCAAAGCACAUUGCAGCCCGGAAGUCAUAACCCUUGGGCGGCGAACAAACCCCAGGAGUCUAUUAUGCCCCAGCCUACUGGCUCGAACAAUCCGUUCGCGUCUUCAUUCAACAGGUCACAGACCGCACCUACGAAUACCCAGCCAACCUUGAAUACCCUACACGAGCAGAAGACUCAAACACAAUUCAACAACACCAGCUUCAAUCCUCCCGUUUCAUUCAACCCGCAACAAUCUUUCCAGCCCCAGCAAACAGCACAACCGGCAAAGGAGAUGGACCCCAACGCGGCAAAGCUCAACGCUCUGCUCGCGGCCGGCGAGGGCCAAGAUACUUUUGGAAACACGGGCAAUCUACGCAUUCCCGCUCAGCAUACGGCACCUGGUACUUUUGUCAACUCGGCAGGAGCUGGUGCCCAAAGAAUCACUGCCAACGCUACUGGCAACAACCCCUUCUUGAACUCUCAGUUCACCGGCUUGCCGCAGCAAAACCGCAUGGUCCCAGCACAAACUGGACCCGCGGGAGGAUUUGGUGCAAACCCAUACGCCAGUGGAAACCCAUUCGGCGGAGCCCAGAACAACCGACAGCAGUCCGGUGGCAAUAAUUUGAUAGACCUAUAG